CAGGCAGCGUCAGUACGGUUGUCCGAAGGUGAGAGUAAUCUCGGUGAUAAGGGUGCUUUCUGGAAGAACCUGAGUAGGGGAGAGAGCGGCGAAUAGUGUCCUUCCUUGCGAUUGCUGGGACACAUGGACACCGACAUGUGCCAUCGAGACGGACGACCUGCAUCCAGCAAAGGAUCUUCAAGCGUGGACAUAGCACCAGGGCUUAUAUUCUCCGAGAGAUUCUGGACCUAUCCGAAGUGCAAGGGUGCAAAGCACUGUUCGAACAAGGCGGGAUUUCUGCGUCUUCCGAGUUAUAGACGUCUCGCCGACAUUCCCGUCAUAUCACAUAUUGUGCCGAAAUUGAGAGGCGUUUUGCUGCUGGACAAUAUCGACACCUCAUGAGAGCUUUGGAUGCUCGUGGUGAUAGAUCCUUCCUGCUCAGAUAAACAACGGUGACGAUGGUCCAG